AUGUCGUAUUUCCAAGGUGGUGACUUUGUGGAGCUCUUGAGUGCGCAGGGCAAGUCUCCUGCUGCUGCGUGGAAGCUACAGGGUAAAAUCUCCAAGACAUUCGAUAAAGGUAUCAAGGGCAACGCGUUCUCGCUUGACGGUAACGCUGAAACCAAGAUGCAGUUACCAAAAACGAUGUCUUCUUCGCUGGCUUUGGCUCAAAGGUUUGUCAUUUUGCAGCUUCUGGUGCCUUUCACGCGAUCUUUCUCCGUGGAAAUCUGCUUUUCGGACUUCCAGAAGGUACGUCGCCGCUUCGUAGUGGCAUCAGCUUUUCGAGAUACAGCUCGAACGGCGUUACAUGUCCAGCUUCCUCUCAAUGUACCUCGAGAUCAGUGGAUGAACCUCGUGUUCGAUCUUCAAACGUUAUCCGAGGUGCACUUCCCAGACUCUGGUUAUCGAUCGAUGGAGUCGAUCUGCAUUAGCGGUAGUUGUCGGCUCAAGCGCAUUUUCACAAUGAAGGACGCUCCUACUCCAUCGCGAGGUUCGCAAGUUGUCAAGCACGCGGAUAUCAGUGAUAUUCCGCGGCAGUUUGUGUUCUCAGCGACACAAAAAGGAGCUAGUGGGGCCAUACCCAUUCCGACGCAGUAUUUCGCACUAGAAGAAUCAAAUAUCGGUAGUAUCUGUGGAGUGGCUGUCACUGCUAAGAGCGAAAAAACAUCUACGCAUCGCAGUCGAACAGCCCCUGUUGAGUGCGCAAAAGGAGUGCGAAUAGCACGCCCGGUGACAGGACCAGAUCAACCAAAAACAAUGGCAUCGCCACAGUCGACGGCUCCAUCUAAUACCAAUGUGAAGUCGAGGGGUUCAGGGCAUCAGCGUUUGAGUACACCAGCUAGAGUGAAUACAGCAGGCAGCAAACUUCGGCGACCACAGUCGAAGCUCGGAAAGGUGAUCGUUGCGCAACCGCAUUUGAGAGACGAUGCACCUCGAUCUGUAGAACUUAAUGCGGCUACCAGCUCUGAUGAGCUUACCGUGGAAUCCCCAUCUCUAGAACUUCAUGUGGAUACCAGCUCUGAUGAGCUUACCAGGGAAAAGGAGCAUUGUUUUGUAGUGCCUGAUAGAGUAUCAGCUACUCAAGUUAACAAACCGUGUGAGAAUAAGACAGAGGACAUCAAGUUUACAACUUCUCCGGUGCGAGAGCAGUCGAGUCCUCCAAACAGUGGGCAUCCCAGUGUGAAGGAAUCUCCUCAAGCAAAAGACGUGCAACUGGAUGGGAAAACCCUGCGCGAAUCCAUCAUGGGAGAAAUACAGCGAAAGAUUGCGAGCUUGGAAGCGGAUGAUGAACGAGCAGAUCAACGCGAUCGAGAGCUGUUCUUGCGUCACACGUCACUACAUAGUGGAGAAUGGCACCUUCAGCGGCUCAGUCGUGAAGAUUUAUACAGUGACGGGCAUAAUUCAGCGGAUCAAACAUUUCAAGACAAGGGACCCUGCAUGGACGAGGAAGAGGAAGCAGAUGACUUGGAUCUCGAUCUCCGGGGUGAUAUGACUGGGCUUUCGAUGGACUUAACAAGUGAGCUUAGUGCCAGCGGUGAGCAUGACCUCGAACAUGAUGAUGAUGACGAGAGUACACGCCCAGCAGAGUCGCAUACAGACGAAGAAAAGCCCGAGAGCGACAACGGAAGCAGUGACUCACACGACGAUGAUCGUGGCGAUGAUUCGAGCUUCGAUUUCGAGGAUCUUGUAGAAGCUGCCGAGUCGAUCGAUGCCCGUGAUGAAGACGAGGAGAAACACGCAGAUACCUUAUCUUCCCCGCAAAGAUCAAUACGAUUGCCAAGCAAUCACAAUCCGAGACUUGACAGUUCCCACGACAAGCAACCUGUUCGUGAAAAACGACGUGGACCUCCAGUGCCUCCAAGAAGAAUAAAGCCAAUAGUGUCACCACUGAUUAAAUCUCCUCGACCGGAGUCCCCAGAACGAUCCGUCAAGCCAUCGUGUCCAAUUGAGCUAUCGUCAUCUUUCUCUUCUCGUCGACUGCAGAGUCUGCUGGAGUCGACAGAUUGGACAGCCGAACUCAAUGCACAAGCGUCCAGUGAUCCUCCAUCCAGCCAUUCGAGCUCAAAGUCCAGCUCACGACGAUCAGCGCAGAAGCCAUCGCAGACCACGUCGAGUUCGUCCAUUGAGCUAGUGUAUGACCCAAUUUUGCGUUGCUACUACGACCCAGUCGCCAACAAAUACUACGCAUUAGCGAAAUAA